UGCGUACUAACUAUUAACUACUGAGUAAAUAUUUACUUUGUGAGAUACUGCAUAUAUAUAUACAACCUGGUCUAGAAUUCUGUUGUCAGUGUCAUUCAUUAUCGGACAACCAGGUUCCAAUAAUUAAGAUAUUUUGGACACUUCUUGUUUACAGGUUGAAAUAGAAAUGAAAGUUGUUCUAGUGGUGAUGAUUUCACUCAUAUGUGAAAUCAGACCAGUCCUAUCCAAUAAGGAUGACACCAAUGUGGAGCUUUGUAACACACCAACGGCAGUCAACAGAGCAGUGCACUUCUAUGCUGCACACCCAUCAUCAAUUUCUGGAAGCCUCAACCCAAUCCCUUUCAGUGAUGUCACCCUGAAUGAGGGCUUUGCAUUCAGCGGGAGCUCGGGCAUCUUCACUGCUCCAGUAAAUGGAAUCUACCAGUUUUUCUUCUCAUUCCAGAGUAGCAGAAAUAACCUAAACGGUGCCUGGUGGCUGCAGGUUAAUGGUGUGGCUAAGGUUUUAUGCCAUUCUCAAGUUAGCACAGGGUCCACUGUGGGUAGUAUGUGCACCUACAUGACUCAGCUGGCACAGAAUGAUAAGGUCACUGUGAAACAAGACUCAGGGAAUGCCUGGGGCACUGCUACUACAAACACUAUUACUUUCUCUGGCUCGCUGCUGAUGCAGAAAUGUUGAGCAUCAUGUAAGCAAUAAAGCACAUACUGUACAACA